AUGAGGUUUUUCCCUCUACCGCUGACAAGAAAUACUAGUCAGAGAAUAUGGAAACAGAAUGUUUGUUCCAUUUGUAGGAGACAUGCCUCUACCGAAGCAAAUGAGUAUCCUCUGUCCGUGGCCUCGACCAAACUUCGUGCUGCUGGCCCUAUCAGGACCCGUUUUGCGCCAUCUCCAACCGGUAAUUUGCAUCUAGGAUCCCUAAGAACGGCGCUCUUCAAUUUCUUGCUUGCAAAGGCUACCGGUGGACCAAAGGUCGGUGGACCGUUUGCUCCAUACAAGCAAGAAUUUCAGGACCCUAUAAUGGUAAAAUCGGAUGGAUUUCCAACCUAUCACCUGGCAAACGUUGUGGAUGAUCAUUUCAUGAAGAUUACACAUGUUGUUCGAGGAUCGGAAUGGAUCCCUUCAACGCAUAUGCAUGUUGCUAUGUAUCAAGCAUUUGGAUGGAAGCCGCCUACCUUUGCACAUGUUGGCCUUCUCCUAGACAAAGAUCGGAAGAAGCUCAGCAAACGAGAUGGUGCCAUAGAUAUAGCAACCUAUCGAGACGCAGGGUAUUUUCCUGAGACAGUAACCAACUUUGUUGCUCUUCUUGGAUGGUCUCAUGAGCGAUCAUACGACAUAAUGAGUAUGCAGGAACUUGUUGACAAUGCGAGCAUGAAAUACACUCGAGGUGACUCUGUCGUAACCAUGGCAAAACUCAACUUCAUGCAAAGAAAACACGCCGCAAGAUAUAAGGAAUUACGACGAUCAAAUGAACCUAUUCCACCUUCUCAAGAUCUCUUAGAAUUAGCUGCAAAGCCCGUCCUCCAGCGUAUGAAAAGUCUUCCAGAGUACGAAGAACUAAUCUUCUAUAACUGUGAAAAUACCGAUGCCGCAAAAGAGAACUACAUCCUUUCCAUAAUUUGCGCGGGAAUCCAAAACUACAACCUCCCGGAUACCUUCUACGCAACCCACAAAUACUUCUUCACAGCCCCCACACCCUUGGAACUCGAAUCCAGAACCCCACCCCACAAACUCCACGACGCCCCGCAAGGAGUAAUCCACCCUAUCCCCGACGACUUCUCCACCUCCUUCGACGGCUUCUCCUCAAUCGCCGCCGAAAACUGGAACGCAGCCGAACUAAAAGGUUUCACAAAUCUCAUCAUCGACCAAGGAACCAUGAUGAGCACGGCAGAAUUUACCGCUACUAAAGUGUAUAGUGAAGAUGCACAGAAGGUAAUCAGGAAGAGUUGGACAAAACUCGUCCAUUCAUAUAUUAGGUGGGCAAUUGCGGGUGGGCAAAGUGGACCUGAUGGGUCCGAUAUUAUGGAGAUUUUGGGCAGGGAGGAGUCGCUCCGUAGGUUGAGGGUCGCGAAGGAGAUUAUGGAUGAAUAUAUCAGGUCUCUUGCGGAAGCAUCAGGAGCCCCGACGGCGGAGUAG